AUGCCACAGUCCGUCCCAUCACACCACCGCUCACCUUGUCAUUCAUCUGCACUGCCACAUUUACACAGUCUGCCUUCCUGCCCUGUUGACCCACCCUUCCAUCUCUGCACCCUCUGCCCUCUGCUCAACAUUUUCUACGAUUAUUAUCUACGAGCCCCUGUGUACACUGUACACACUGUACCCUUCGGUACAGUACCAUGA